AUGGAUGGUGAUUAUUGUGUUAUCGCUGAAGAAAGAUUCCUAGAUACAACAAAUAUUCAACUAACUCGACUUCCUCGUGGUACAACUUUGGUUUAUGUUGAGGAUCCUUACUAUAUUUUUCUGCAAGAAUCUAUUCGAUACAAUCAAACAGCAAAUAGUUGGUAUUUAUUGACGACUGGUGCUAUAUUUGGAUGCGAUUGGGACCUUUGUAAUUCUCCAGAUUUGAUCAACCGGUUGCCUGCUUCAUUUAACUUAUCUAUUGAUAAAGAUUGGCUAGAUACGAAUAUUUAUGGUACAGGUUCUACUACUCAGUGUCAUCAUUGUCCAUUCGAAAUGUGUGGUGAUUCAGGAAAUCCAAUUGACUUCACCCAAUGUCCAAUGACAACUUGUAACAAUGCGACUACGUGUCAUCAUUGUCCAUCGGAAACGUGUGGUGAUUCAGAAAAUCCUAUUGAUUUCACUCUAUGUCCAAUAACAACUUGUGACAAUGUGACUACGUGUUUGGCCUACGAUUUAUGGAUUGAUUUUGAUACAGGUGAACAAUGUUAUCAAUCACAAUGUGCACCGGAGUAUUUAGAUGAAGACUUAGAUGAAUUUUAUAAUAGUAAAUACAGAAUUGAUAUCGAAGUCGUUGUUUAUUUAGCACAAGAUCGUUCAAAAUACUACAUUUGGGAGAUGGAUGUAUAUUGUGGUGCUUAUAAUUGCACUCGACCAACUAUGUUUCAAGAAAUAGCUGAUGCCCUUAACUAUACAAUUGGUGAUUUAUCUUUUUUUCCACUUGUUCGACCUACAACAAUCCAACCACUACCAACUACAACUGCCAUAAAAAAUCCCCUUAAAUACUACAGUUGUGAAUGUACUAGUUCAACAACAUGUGCAUGCACAUCAUUUGAAGUCGUGUCGUUAGAUGAUACCUAUUGUAUUAUUGCACGAGAACAUCGUGAUCAAGAUAUUUCAUUUAACUUUACUUAUCUCGAUUAUUAUGCAAGUUAUAACUAUAUUCUGGAAGCUCCAUUUGUUGUUGUUGAAGAAACAAUUAGCUAUGAUGAAAGAACUGCUCGAUGGCUUACUGCAACAAAUUUAGUUCUUUAUGGAUGCAAUUGGAAUUCAUGUAAUAAAUCCGAACUUAUAUCACUUCUACCAAAUACUUUUCAAAUGCGUCUUCCAGAAACAUGGUUGAAUACAAGUAUUCUAGGUACUGGACGACUAGUACGUGAUUGUCAUGAAUGUCCAGAUGCUCCCCAAUGUGGUACAACUGAUUUUCUUUAUUCUAGUCUGUCUCCAAUUCAUUCAUGUAAUACUACUUGUCGUGUUUCAGACACAUUUAAUGAUCCAGCUUUCGAGCUUUUAUGUUAUCAAUCAUUUUGUAUAUCAUCUAGUGAUGAUCAAAAUGAUAUUAAUCAUCAUCGUGUUGAAAUCGAAGGUCUUACUUAUGCUAGUGAACCCAAUGAUGUGAAAAUAUGGGAAAUCGAUCUUUAUUGUCGUGCUGAUAAUUGUUCAAAUCCAGAAGUAUUCAAAGAACUUCGUGAACAAAUAAAUAUACAGAUAGGUACUCUUGCUGCUUUGUUCAAUGAAACACAUGAUCCAACAAUACCACAACGACGAUGUUAUGAUUGCGAUUGCUUCAAUGAAAUUAAUUGUAACUGCACUAGAACUACAAUCAAGAGUGCAAACACAACCUAUUGUUUAAUUUUGCAUAAAGGCUAUGAUGAAGAUCGCUGGAUCACUUUGGGGCAUCUUGGCUUAGACUCAUCUCGUGUUCAUAUUCGUGAUCUUCCUUAUUUACUUCUUGAAGAAUCAAUUUCUUACAAUGCAACAACAGGACGAUGGAAUUGA